AUGCCUGGGGACGUCGCGACCUCGCCGGCGACGGCGUCGGGGCCGCCGGCCGCCGCGUCCUCUUCGCACCACCACCACCAUCCCGCCACCUCCGCCCGCAGCGCCCUCUCCAACGCCGUCGCGGGCGCUUCCGCCGGUGUGAUAGCAGCGACCUUCGUGUGCCCGCUCGAUGUGAUCAAGACGAGGUUCCAGGUGCACGGCUGGCCCAAGCUAGCCCCUGGCACAGCUGGAGGUAGUGUCAUCAUUGGGAGCUUAGAACAGAUUGCUAGACGGGAAGGCUUUCGGGGAUUGUAUCGUGGUCUUUCCCCGACUAUUCUGGCGCUUUUGCCUAACUGGGCGCAGGUCUACUUUACUGUAUACGAGCAGCUUAAAAGCAUGCUUGCUUCCAGCGAAGGAAGCCAUCAACUCUCUCUAGGGGCAAAUGUUAUGGCUGCAUCAUGUGCUGGAGCUGCAACUACAAUAGCAACAAAUCCACUUUGGGUUGUCAAGACAAGAUUUCAGACCCAAGGAGUAAGAGCGGGUGCGAUGAUCCCAUACAAAGGCACGGUUGCUGCAUUGACGAGAAUAGCACAUGAGGAAGGCAUCCGUGGACUAUACAGUGGACUCAUCCCUGCCUUGGCUGGUAUCACUCAUGUUGCCAUUCAGUUCCCUGUAUACGAGAAGAUAAAAGCUUACCUGGCUGAGCGAGAUAACACUACCGUUGAAGCAUUAAGCUUUGGCGACGUCGCUGUUGCUUCAUCUCUGGCAAAACUAGCUGCGUCAACCUUAACAUAUCCUCAUGAGGUUGUUCGAUCAAGGUUGCAAGAGCAGGGAGCACACUCCGAGGCGAGAUACAGAGGGGUAAUAGACUGUGUUAGAAAGGUUUAUCAUGCAGAGGGUGUAGCUGGGUUCUACCGUGGAUGCGCCACAAAUCUGUUGCGGACAACUCCUGCUGCAGUUAUAACAUUCACCAGCUUCGAGAUGAUUCACAGGUUCCUUCUCAAUAUAGGCCCUCCUGAACCUGAACAACAUCAUCCCCAUCCGCUGAAGCAUUGA